ACCCUGAUCUUCGACAUGGGAAGGGCUCAGUAGUAGAGACCUUGCUUUGCAUGCAAAAUGACUCAGGCUCAAUGUCCAGCAUCUCCAGUGAUGGAAGCCCUCUGAGGAGUCCCAUCUGAAGACAGAAAUCAAUAGCAAAAUGGAAAGAAAAAACCAAACAACUCUGAAAGAAUUCAUCCUUUUGGGACUGUCAGAUGAUCCUAAACUCCAGAGCCUCCUCUUUGCAAUAGGACUGUUGAUCUAUGUACUCACCUUGACAGGGAAUCUAACCAUCAUUACUUUGAUACAGACUGAUCAGCACCUCCACACUCCCAUGUACUUCUUGCUGAGCAACCUGUCAUUUACUGAGAUCUGCUACAUCACUACCACCAUGCCAAAGAUGUUGUGGGACCUCCUGUCAGUGGACAAGACCAUCUCCUUUACUGGCUGUGUGCUCCAAAUGUACUUCUUUCUAACCACAGCUGCCACAGAAACUGCCUUGCUCUCUGUUAUGGCAUAUGACCGUUAUGCUGCCAUCUGCCACCCACUGCGCUACACUUUGUACAUGAGCCAGUCAGUCUGCAAGUGGCUUUUGACAGCUUCGUGGACCAUUGGCCAUCUCAAUGCCAUCAUCAACACAGCCUUUGUCUUCUCCCUAAGGUUCUGUGGUUCCAAUAAGAUUGUCCAUUUUUUUUGUGACAUCCCACCUGUCCUGCAUCUUUCCUGCUCGGAUACCUCCCUAGCUGAGCUGAUGACUUUUAUAAUCUCUGGCAGCAUCAUGAUAACAACAGUCUCCUUGAUUGUCCUCUCCUACAUCCUCAUUGUCUCAGCUGUACUCAAAAUUCAUUCAGCCCAAGGUAGGAUCAAGACAUUCUCUACCUGUGCCUCCCACCUUACUGUGGUGAGCAUCUUCUACAGCACAGCCAUCUUCACCUACAUGCGUCCUUCUUCCUGGCACUCCAUGGAGCAGGACCGCCUGAUCUCUCUGUUGUAUACUAUCAUCACUCCCUUACUAAACCCUCUCAUCUACAGCUUCAAGAACAAGGAAAUACAGGCUGCAUUUCUGAAUGUUCUUGGAAAGAAAGGACAUUGUGCACUUUGA